AGACUUCUUUCGAUGGGCCUGUCUUUGCUGCAGGGAGACAUUCUGCCCAACACACCCGCUAAAACUGUUCUCAGGGAGAGGGUCUAUGCUGCUACUUUAGAUUUCUUUUGGUAAGAACUGAUUCUUUAUAUACAAAAUUAUGGCAUGCCUUUGAUGCUUUAUGGCAUUGGAAAAGGAGGCUGUAGCAUCCACAAUGUUGGGAUAAGGAGCCAUUUUAUGAAAAUUCUCUGCAGGGACCAAAAAAUAAUUUUGAGAAUACAUUUUUAAAAAUUCAUGGCUUUUAGUCUAAAAAUAUGUAUGCUUUAUGCCAGUGGUCCCCAAAUGGCGGUCCGUGGACCCUCACCGGUCCGCAUGCCUAACGCUGCCAGUCCCAAUAACAUAAAUAUUUAUUGUCAAAUAGAUAUAAAGUAUAAAAAUAAAUCAAGCACCGGUCCCUGGUAAAAUUUCGAAACAUGUUCACCGGCCCGCCAAACUUAAAAGUUUGGGAACCACUGCUUUAUGCGAAGAAGACGUAGAGAAACUACCUGGAGGAACACCGUCUUCUUUGUGUGUAAAAAUGUUUGACUCGAGUUUUGAAAACUUUAACUCUGUGUCUGUCUGAAUGUUUAUCAGUACGAUUAAAGAAUUAUUUUCUCCCAGUGGACCUCCCAUCUGCCCUUCACAACAACCCAGUGAAUUGAGAGAAGACAUCACACUGCUUAUUUCCUACUGGCAAAAGAUGCAUUACGACAAGAAACAUCUGUCUUCCAACAUGGUACCAUUGGGUAAAGAUUUUGUUCUGAGAAAUCUAUUUUUGUCCAUUAUUCACUUUUACUAAAUGCUUCUCCUGUUGCUGAGUAAUAAGCUUAUCUUUUUAUAUUUCACUUUUUCAUAGGAUUUAUAUUGUUUAAAAAAUGUUCAUAUAAAUUGUUUUAAUAUUCUUCAUUUAUGCUAGUUGAAAGUUUAUAUUUUACAUCAGCUAUGUCUCAUUUUGAAAAUAUAAUGAUGAAGAUGCACCGUAAAUCAUUCGAAAAAAAAGGUAAAAUUUGAAAGAACAUGAGUAAAUAUUAUAGUUGUGAUACACCGCUACAUUAUUAAAACUGGUCCAGAGUGAUCAUCAUUCAAAUCUCUUGCCUUGACUUUGAUCUUCUAGCUGACUCCAUGGACAACCCAGCACCAUCUCCACCCCCUGUCAUAUCUUCCACUGGCCAGUCAGACUUGAGACUUCAGUCAGGUUGGAUGAACACACUGAACAGCAGCUCAUCAACCUACUCCAAGCGGUCGGCA